AUGACAUCUCUGCUGUGUCUCUGUGUCCUCUGGAUCUUUGUUACAGUCAUACAGGGAGAAUUUAUGGAUCUCCCUCCAAAUGGUGCCAUACUCUCCAUGGCGGAGGAGGAGACCGUCCUGCCCUGCCGCUACCAGUCACCCGAUGAAACCGUGGUGCAGGUCACCUGGUCAAAGGAGAAAUCAGAUGGUACCAAGGAGCAAAUCAUCACUGCACACCAUGAAAAUGGACAGACAGCGUUUGGGACGUGGUCUCAACGUGUCCGCUUUAAGAGCAGCGAACCCACCGUGGACUCAUCUCUAGUCAUUAUGAGCACAAAGCUCUCUGAUGAGGGGAGAUACCACUGCCACAUCGCCGCCUUCCCCUUUGGCAGCUUUGACACGGACAUGUUUCUCACCGUGUGGACCUUUCCUAUCGCGUCCCUGGACCCUGUCAUUCUGGUGGAGGGUCAGUCCUAUCGGCCGGUUGCUACCUGUCGAUCUAUAGGCCGCCCUCCUCCCCGCAUCUCCUGGGACACCGAACUGAACGGACAGUCCAUCAAUCGCUCCUUGGACAGUGGGGGCGUCUCCUCGCAAUACUCUCUGCACCCGCUGCGGGGCAUGAAUGGCAAGAAGCUGGACUGUCUGGUGUGGCAUCCGACUUUAAAGGCCCCCCGCAGGUUCAAAAACAAGCUGGUGGUGCACUUCCCUCCACAUGCAGAGGUGUCUGGCUAUAAUGGAGACUGGUCCGCGGGUAUGGAGAAUGCUGCCCUGAGGUGUGUGAGUGGAGGAAACCCCAAACCACAGAGUUUCACCUGGAUCAGAAUUGGUGGAGCGUUGCCAGAAGGUGUGAUCCCCCACCCUAAUGGAACACUAGUUUUUGGGCGACCCCUCAGCCUGUCAGACGGAGGCACCUACCAGUGCGUGGCGAAGAAUGACGUGGGAGUAGGGAAGGCGGAGGUGGAGAUUGGUGUGGCAGAAGCGGAGGAGCAGAACCCCAUGUUGGAAAACAUGCUGAUGAUCAUUGUGGGGGCCGUGGCUGGGGGGCUGCUAAUCUUGAUGCUCAUCGUCGUCAUCUGCGUCACUUGUCAUCACAAACGCAAGAACAAGAAGCUGGAGAGGGAGCUGACUGUGAAGAAGGAGGAAAUAAGCACUCUCUCCAGGCAAGCUUCUUUCAGGAGAGUGAACUCUGUCAGCACAGAUGCAAGAGGAGCGACAGAGGAAAGCAUCCCUCUGAGGGUGGAGGGGACCAUCAGGACCAGCCUGUCUUCCCUCGGGGAGCAUGCUCACUACCAUGACAGCCGAUCUACUAUCUCAGGUGGUCGGGGAGGAGGGGGAGCCUUUGACUAUCUAGGCAGACCAGUUCUUCACAACAACUCGCGGAGAGGACGGGACCGGAUUCUGGAUAGAGAUGAGGAGAACCGACUCAGAGUGGAGACAUAUGUGAGAAACAGCAGCAUUUCUUUACAGGAAACUCGGUUCCACCCUCCUCUCAUGCCAACGGCCUUUCCACUGGUUCAGUCCACGGAGAUCGUAAGACAGCUGAACGGCAGUGCUGUUAUCCCAACAGAUGGAGGUUCUCGGCCAGGAAGUGUCACCAAGAAUCCCCAACACCCUCCGCUGAGCUGCACUUACCCACCGGUGACGGAUGAUGAGGAUGAAGUUGACGAAGGUUUGGGGGGUCCUGCCAGUCAGGAGCAUCCUGAUGACCAAGACAGCGAGACCAACAGCUCCCAGGUGUCCGAGGCUCACAGUACACGCUACCAACAGACUAACGGCUCUCUCAGACCCAAGCGGGCAAGCUCCACUGUGGUUAACCCCCAUGCCUCCCUGAUCCACAAAGCCCAAAUAGUUUAG